AUGAAACUUCAUAAAGGUGAUGGAUAUGGUGGUGAAGGUUUAUACUAUGAACCUGAAGAUUAUAAAGAGGUAGUUAUUUGGUUACAUGGAUUAGGUGGUAAUGCUAACGAAUGGUCAGAUUUAAUUAAACGUAGUACUUUAUAUCCUAAAUUAGCUAAGACGAAAUGGAUUUUACUUUCUGCACCACAACGUCCAGUAACUUUAAAUAAUGGUAUGAUUAGUCCUGCUUGGUUUGAUAUUAAAAGUUUAAAGGAGGGUACUAAUGAGGAUAUAGAAGGUUUUAGACAAAGUGCAAUGCGUAUUAUUAAUAUUAUACGUGAAGAAAAAAAGAAAGGUAUUAAACAAAAUAAAAUAAUAAUAGGUGGUUUUUCACAAGGCGCAGCAAUGUCUUAUUUAGUUGGUUUAGCAGCAAAGGAUAUUCAUUUAGGUGGUAUUAUAGCCUUAAGUGGAUGGUUACCAUUAAGGGUUGAUGGGUUUAAUAAAGGUCAUGAAAGUUCAUUGAAUGAUGAUUAUCUUUAUUUUGGGGAUACUAAAGAAAAUAAGAAUAGAAUAAAGAUUUUUGCUGGACAUGGUGAAGAUGACUUUAUUGUCCAACAUACUUGGGGUAGAAAUUCUGCCAAUAUAAUUAAAGAUCAUUUAAAAUUACCAUUUAUAACUUUCAAUUCAUAUUCUAAUAUGGGCCACUCAAUAAAUAAUUCUGAAUUAUUAGAUGUUUAUAAUUUUAUAAUAGAUGUAUUUGGGGACAUACCAUUAUCAGCUAAUAAAUCUGAUGUAGUUUUAAAUAUUGAAUAG